UUGUCAGGUUUAUCCUGCAAAUCAAAGUCCUGCACUCACAGGUCAUUCGGCUGCACGUUCAAGUUCGUGCCUGCAUGAUGCUCCGCUGCGCCUUUGCCGCUCGCAAUGUCGCAGGCCUCCCGAACGUCGCAACUCGCAUCGAAGUGACCUCUCAAGUCAAUCUGACCUUGGAUUGCGCAUUGGAGGAUGACGAAGGCAUCGCAGGCUACGCACACUUCGCUAAUGCGGCGGGUGUGGAAGAUAAGCACAUGUUCUGGUGGCGCGGAAGGAUGGAGGAUGCCCCGGUCGUGUUGGUGCAUGGAGGAGGCCCUGGAAGCUCCGGCAUGUUUAUGGCGUUCAGUGGUGCCGGGCACUGCCGGCUUGCUCCAGUUGGGGCGGGUUUCUCAUAUGGCGCACAAAGCUCCCUGCGGAACAGCAGCGAACGCGCUGCUUGGGACUUGGAUGACUUCUUACAAGCCUUCUGGGCCGCAUAUCCUGAACUCGCAAAAAAUAAGUUCUUGUAUCAGUCAGCGUCAUAUGGCGGCGUUUUCAUACCAAACACGGUCAAUGUCAUACACUUGCGAAACCUCGCAGCACAGGCAAGCCCGUCAAGCACACGCCUGUUGAAAAUGCCCGACUCUAUCAUGAUUGGCAACGGCAUGUCCGACUUCGCCCUCAACUGGCGCUACUGGAUUCAAGGUAACUGCUACGACAACCCCAUCUUCAAUCGCACUGGCUGCGAUCUCGCCGCCGCACUCAUACCCGCAUGCCUCGACGCGACACAGCUCGCAUACGAGGAGCCAAGCGCAGAGACGCGCGCGCGAGCGGACGUGUUGUGCAUGGACAUCUACGACCACGUCUCGGAUGUCGGCUCGACAGGCAGGAAUCCGUAUCACGCGACGCAGAAGUGCGACUUCAAGGACACGCUGAGCUGCUUCCCCGAGAUGGGCUGGUUGAACGAGGUCAUGAAUCAAAGCGCGGUGCGCAGAGUGAUUGGCGUGUCUGCCGACUAUGAGUAUACCUUCUCGGACAGGAAGCAUGUCUUCGAGCCUUUUCAUGCCAAUGGCGAUAUCGUACAGUCCGCAUAUAAGCUCCUCGCACCUGCUAUCGAGGCAGGCCUUCGUGUGAUGGUGUACAACGGAAACACGGAUGGAGUCUGCACCUGGCGAAGUGGUCUUGCGUGGAUGGAGUUGCUGAAGACUAAAUACCGCGACGACUUCAACGCUGCACCUGACGUGGAUUGGCCAGGCAUCGGCUGGGUGCGCGCAGUUGGCGAGGGCGCAGGCGACUAUGCAUUCGUGAGCAUCGAUAAUGCGGGUCAUUUUGCAGAGUGGGAUCGCGAGGAGGCGUAUAGGGAGAUAUUGCUCAAGUGGCUGAAGAACGAGCCGCUCGGACCGUCGUCGAAUGCUAACGUCGGAAUUUCGGUCUGAAUGGCACGGUCUUGUUCUUAACACUGGGAUGCUUAUCGGCCACGGCUAGACGAUUCGGCGGCUUGUUACUCGCAUGGAACGCGUCAGCCUUCUGCAUAUCGAAAACUGGUUCCCCGUUAUUCGAUGAGGUACCACCAAGGUCGACUACUGAGCGAUUUCACAGUACUGGACUGAAGCGCCCUCGGAUCGUAUCCAAAGCGUGCGAAGAAAGGAAUUCACGAUAACGACCAUGUUUCGGAAGAUGCACUUCGCAUUGCGCUACCGUAUCCCUUCAACGUGUCUGGCCGAGAGCUAUGAGUUGACAUGAUGAGGCCCUAUAAGUCGCC